AUGAUAGAUAUUAUACUGGCGAGAGAUGUUGACACAUGCGAGGUUUCAAACACAUACAACGGUCAUGCGGGACUUAGAAUCCUAGCCAUAUUCAUUAUCUUAAUCUCCUCCGGUCUCGGGGUCUUCUUUCCUAUCAUGGCAUCCCGUUACUCCUUUAUCCAUCUACCGGAGUGGUGCUUUUUCCUAGCUAAAUUCUUCGGAUCUGGUGUCAUUGUAGCAACUGCAUUUAUUCAUUUAUUGGAUCCCGCCGCGGAAGCCCUAGGCAACUCUUGCCUGGGAGGUACCUUUACAGAGUAUCCAUGGGCGUUCGGGAUCUGUUUAAUGUCUCUGUUUAUGUUGUUUCUCAUGGAAAUUGUGACACAUUAUUACGUCGCUAAGAGUUUUGGUGAUCAUGAUCAUGACGGUGGUCAUUCAAACCACCAUGAGGAUGACAUUACCUCUUUUGAAGCAGAUGGCUUUACCGAUUUGGAAAGGCAAAAUGGAAUUGUACGUAGUACUGACCAUAAUAAUAAUAGUAAUAAUAAUAAUGUACUGCCGAUGAAGAAGAAUCAAGUGGAUGAGAAAUCUAUCGAUGAAGAUGAUGACGGAGAUGAUGAGGACAAAGAACAGGAUCCUGCAUCAAAUGAUCUAGCUUCUUCAAGCAGAAUAAAUAAUAACGACAACCUAGUAAACACAAACACUAACAUUAGCCGUUUUGUGUCUUCCGUUCCAGGGAAAGAUCAUUUUGGUCACGAUGAUGUCCAUCAAGAUUCAUCCCAAAUAGGUACACCCGUAGAGGAGGAGAAUAAAGAACAAUACUUGAACCAGAUGAUGGCUGUAUUUAUCUUGGAAUUCGGUAUUAUCUUCCAUUCAGUAUUUGUCGGUCUUUCAUUAUCCGUUAGUGGGGAAGAAUUCGAGACUUUGUUCAUAGUACUAAUAUUUCACCAGAUGUUUGAAGGUUUAGGGUUAGGAACAAGAGUGGCAGAGACAAAUUGGCCCAAAAGCAAAAGAUAUACUCCCUGGUUAAUGGGUUUGGCAUUUACCAUAACAUCCCCUAUUGCUGUCGCGAUUGGUAUUGGUGUGAGAAAAUCAUGGAUUCCAGGUUCCAGAAAUGCUUUAAUUGCAAACGGUGUCUUCGAUUCCAUAUCCUCGGGGAUAUUGAUUUAUACAGGUUUGGUGGAAUUGAUGGCUCAUGAAUUUUUAUAUUCAAAUCAAUUCAAAGGACCAGGUGGGUUGAAGAAAAUGUUGACUGCUUACUUUAUUAUGUGUAUGGGUGCAGGUUUAAUGGCAUUAUUGGGGAAAUGGGCUUAA